UGCAUAAGCGACCUGUGCGAACGCCAUCGGCGGCGGAUAACAGUCGUCCGCGUACUAUACUCAAGAGAUGCGGUUGUUGGUCUGUUUGCUGUGCGUCGUCCUCGCGGCGCACCUCGUCACAGCACGAAGGGGUCGCACCAGAACAAGAGCUAAAUCAAAGUUUCAAAUUGGGUUGCCUAUCACUGGAAAAUACCGAGAUCCUGAAUCUGAUCAAUAUUACAACAAUAAUAAUGGGGCUAAAAUAACCCUUGCUUCACACUUUGACUAUGAAUACGUUCUGGGCCAUAAAAUUGCUUUCUUGUGCAUGGCGAAAGGCAAUCCGCGACCACACAUCACGUGGUACAAAGAUGGCGCUGAGAUAUUCACGCAUUUGUAUAUGAAUGUGCACGAAUGGCGCAUUGGGCCCGAUAAGGUGAAGAGCAAGCUGGAGAUCGACCCGGCGACGCAAAUGGAUGCCGGCGUGUAUGAAUGCACCGCUGAUAAUAUGUACUCCAUUGACCGGAGGUCCUUCAAGACGGACUUCAGCAUCGCUUUCGACUGAUUUUGUAUUUUGUAUACUUGCUAACAUAUUGUUAACCAGCACGACUAUUAUAUAGUGAGGAAUAAAUGUAAACCUUAACAAUUCUUA